AUGUCUUCUUCUUCUUCCAGCACCAACCAUCUCUCUCAACCCUGCAUAUAUGGGCACUUUGUUUCUUCACACGCAGAGAGAAAAUCCAAGUUUAUGAAAUGGCUGGGCAAGCUUUUUAAUAAAGGCAGUUCCAGUAGAGGUGUUACGGGCGGAAAUCAUCAACCGCAGUUUCUCGGAGACGAAAAUAUGGUUUGGCGGGCUCCAGUUCGAUCCUUGGAUGAUCGCUCCCGAGCAAAAGAGAAAGAAGAAUUAGACCGGGCAAUUGCACUUUCUCUAGCUGAAGACUUAAAGAGGCCACAACCACAAGGAUAUCGAUGGCGAUCGGACUUGGAUGAAGAUCUAGCGAGGUCACUUCAGGGAGGCCUGAAUCCAUCAUACCCAUCCUACCCAUCAAAUCCAUCUUACCCACCAUACCCUCCAUACGCUCCCAGGGAUUAUCAUCCCAGAGGAUAUAGAGUAUGUGGUGGUUGCAGUCGUGAAAUUGGAGGUGGUAAUUACUUGGGAUGCAUGGGCCAAUUCUUUCAUCCAGAUUGCUUCCGUUGUCAUUCUUGUGGAUACCCAAUUACUGAAUACGAGUUUUCUUUGUCAGGGGGAAAUUCAUACCAUAAAUCUUGCUUCAAAGAGCUGGCUCAUCCCAAAUGCGAAGUCUGCCACCAAUUUAUCCCUACAAAUGGGGCUGGCCUGAUAGAGUAUAGGUGCCAUCCUUUCUGGGCUCAGAAAUACUGCCCCUCACACGAGUACGACAAGACGCCCCGGUGCUGUAGUUGUGAACGUCUUGAGUCGCGGAAUGUGAGGUACAUAUCCUUGGGAGAUGGGCGUAGUUUGUGCUUGGAAUGCAUGGAAUCUGCAAUCAUGGAUACCGGGGAUUGCCAGCCGUUGUAUCAUACCAUUAGAGAUUACUAUGAAGGAAUGAAUAUGAGAAUUGAUCAACAAGUUCCAAUGCUUCUUGUUGAAAGGCAGGCUCUUAAUGAAGCUAUUGAAGGCGAGAAACAUGGUUUUCAUCACAUGCCGGAAACUAGAGGUUUGUGCCUUUCAGAAGAGCAGACAGUUACCAGUAUUUUGAGAAGACCAAGAGUUGGGGGUCGUGGAUUGGUAGGGAUGAGAACACAACCUCAUAAACUUACCCGGAGAUGCGAAGUCACAGCAAUUCUAGUUCUGUAUGGCCUUCCAAGACUCCUCACUGGUGCUAUUCUCGCACAUGAAUUGAUGCACGCCUGGCUCCGUCUAAAAGGUUUCCGAAAUCUGAAUCCAGAGGUGGAGGAAGGGAUCUGUCAAGUACUUUCACAAUUGUGGCUAGAAUCAGAGGUAAUGCCGAACGUGCCAUCCUCUUCAAUGGCAUCAACAUCAUCAUCCUCCUCGUCGACGUCAACAGGAUGGUCAUCAUCAUCCAAGAAAGGUGGAAAAUCACAUGUUGAAAGUAAACUUGGUGAGUUUUUCAUGCAUCAGAUUGCAAAUGACGCAUCCCCGGCGUAUGGAGGAGGAUUCAGGGCUGCAAAUGCUGCUGUAAAGAAAUAUGGUCUUCGUAGUACCUUAGACCACAUACGUCUCACCGGAUAUUUUCCUCUGUAA